AUGGAGAGCCCGGGCUCGUGGGCUGUAGGGCGGUUGCUAACGGAGGACGAGAUGGCCGAAGUGAAGAAGGAUGCUUUAGAAAGGAUGCGUCCUUACCUGUGUGAUAAAAUCAUAGCUGAGAGACACUUUGAUUACCUACGUUCAAAGAAAAUACUCACUAGAGAGGACACAGAAGAAAUUUCAUCUCGAUCUUCCAGUAGGAAAAAAACUGGGAAGUUACUGGACUACUUAGCAGAAAACCCAAAGGGACUAGAUGCUUUGAUUGAAUCUAUCAGACGAGAAAGAACACAAAACUUCCUCUUAGAAAAGAUAACCGAUGUAGUGUUGAAAGUCAAAAAUGAAAAACUGGAAGCUAUCAAAGGUCUAAGCUGCAGCACCUGUAUGACCUCACUCUAUGGAGGAACAAAUAAUCUUUCUAGGUCAUAUUCUGAUGAAUCUAAUUUUUUUGAUAAAAAAAAGGACAAAGAAUCUACCCAGAUACAUCAUCCAGAAGAAGAUUAUAGCACCGCUGCCUUUGUGUCUGCUGUCUCUCUUCGUUCGAUGAAUUUGCCAGUUGCAGAGAUGGGAAACGCAGAGAGUGCUGUUUUCUCAGUCACCCUUCCAGGGCCUGGAGAGCCCGGUGCUCCCCCUCUCCCCCCAGAGCUCCAGUCAGAGCAGCAAGAACCAUGUACAAGCUCGAGUGACAAUUGCUUUUUGCCUUUAAGAUCACGUUCUCUUCAACCACAGUGAACAUGGUGACUUUUGUCUCUUCAUCAAAAUGGUACUGAAACUUUGUGUGAUGUAACAAAGGUUACAAAAGUUUUCAAACUGCUAACCAGCAAAAUCAGAGGAAACUAUCUAUGCUACUUACUGUUUUUAAGGAGUAACUUUUUUGGUAACUGGGUGACUCUGGAGCUACAGAAAACGUGUUAUUUUGUGGUUCUGUUUCUUCCUACAAAAAGUAACCAGUCUGAUUUUCUUAAUGUUUCUGUGAUGAGUGAAUUGGGAAAAAUGGUUAGAAAAAGUACUAAAAAAAAACAACUUUCUGAACUAAAAGCUUAAGCAUACUUACCAAAAGUCUUAAAGUAAUUUAUAAAAUGAAAUGUUUCUCUUCAGGACAAAUUACACCCUCUAUGUAUGCAGGUGCAGCUCUG